AUGGCCCGUACCAAGCAGACUGCCCGCAAAUCCACCGGAGGCAAGGCGCCGAGGAAGCAGCUGGCCACCAAGGCGGCCCGGAAGUCGGCUCCGGCGACCGGAGGAGUGAAGAAGCCUCAUCGUUUCAGGCCGGGCACGGUGGCGCUGAGGGAGAUCAGGAAGUACCAAAAGAGCACGGAGCUUCUGAUCCGCAAGCUCCCGUUCCAGAGGCUUGUGAGGGAGAUCGCUCAGGAUUUCAAGACGGAUCUCCGGUUCCAGAGCAGCGCCGUGGCGGCGCUUCAGGAGGCGGCGGAGGCGUACCUGGUGGGGCUUUUCGAGGACACGAAUCUCUGCGCUAUUCAUGCCAAGAGGGUUACUAUAAUGCCCAAGGAUAUCCAGCUGGCUCGGAGAAUCAGAGGCGAGAGGGCUUAGGAAAACCUAGAUUGGUUCGAUUCACUCUGCUUUGGUGUUUUGGGAUUUGGUUUGGAUUCGCAGUUUCGAAGAUUCGUGAACUAGCGCUGGUUGUAUAUCCUGUUUUGAUCGAUUUUCAAGUUCUUAAUGAAAUGGUUUUUGUGGUG